GAAUCCGUAUGAGAUCAUACGGGGCAUGUGGGAAGGUGCUUACGUGUCUCAUUUUGUUCGACUCUUCAGAAAAAAGUUUGGUUUCAAUUGUCUAACAACUCAGGAUUUGGAAGAAGCUCUUGUUGAUGAGGAAAGUGUAGCACUUGCAGAUAUCUUUGCAAGACUGCUGAGAUAUGUGACUGGAAAUUCAGACAUUCUCAUUGCCAACUUUGAUUGUUUUUUACGAAAUCUAUUGAUAAAAGAAAACGCCGAAGUUCCACGCUUCCUUGAAAAUGGUACAACCUGGCAAGAUUUAACUCCGGAAGAAAAGUUAGGAACACUAAAGUGGCUUAUUGAUCAUGUUUAUCAAGAAAAGGAAGAAGACAUUGCUGAUUAUUUGGAUGAAAAUUAUUGUCCUGAUGAUUUGAGAGGUAUUUGUGCGGGACAAGAUGCCUUUAACAAUGUGUACUGGUAUUUGGAUGAUUUAAGGUUGUAUCGGGAAUUUUCCCAUAAGAAGCAAAGUAAGAAGGAUUGGGAAUGUGUGUGUUUAACCCUCUCCGACUGGCAUUCUUUUAUCAAGCAAUUUCGGAAAACUUCUAAUGUGCAAGAAAAGGAAUUGUAUACUUAUCUAAACUUUGAAUUGUUUCCCAUUGUUGAGCUUGAACUUCUGGAUAAAAAAAGUAAAGCACUUCAAAAUAAAGAAGAAAUCAAUAAAUUUCUCAUAAAUCGUGAGCGAGAAGAUUUGGAGGUUAUGCUGGAGAAAAAGACUUUUUUAGAAUGCAGUAAUGGGACUGUUAAACAAGAUAUAAAUGGUACAGAUUCUCUUUGUCAUGAAAAACAUAAUGGUGCAGUUGCAUCAGUGAAAAUUUCCAGUGCUGAUGGAAAUGGUAUUUCAGAAUAUUUUGUGAAAACUGAAGAGAGCAGUAAAAGUUCUAACAUGAACCAUUGUGAUGGUCACUUGAAUAUCAGUGAAGGUAAUUUUCCAAUAACUAGCAGUUUGAGUAGUUCUAUGAUGGACAUUAAAUCUGGCUCUUUGUCAAAUAUGUGUGCUAAUUCCUGUUCGAAUGCUUGUGCUACAAGUUGUGGUAGCACGCAAGAUACAUGUGCUGCUGCUAGCAAUGGAAAUGGAGGUAUAUGUGGGAAUGGCAUUAGUUGUAAUAAUUCCACCUCAGCUUCUACGUCUGCUGCAGUACCAUCUUCUAAAGACAGUAGUCAAGAAGUGAAUCUGCAACCUAUGAGUGAUAUUCCUAGUGAUAGCAGUUCAGUAACUAGUAACAAGGAGAAUGCCCCUCCAUCAUCAGGGAACUCAGGAAAUGAUAUCCCUCCUAUGUCAGCCAUGUCUAGCAUGGUAGGGUCCACUUCUGCACCAGCCACAACUGCAUCCGUCCAGCCUCUACCCAGUAACAUGGUUAAUAAGACAUCCUUUCAAAUGGAAACUCAGUAUAUGCAGCAGCAGAGUCAGAUUUUUGUGUUUUCAACUACUCUUGCUAACAAGGCAGCUGAGUCAUAUUUAUCAGGCCACUUUCCAUCCAUUAUUGCAUUUCACUGUGCUCAACCUGGGACAAAAUCCUUUCUUGAGAAAUAUCCAUUAAAAGUUCAGCAGUUCAAUCGACAAAAUCCUGCUGCAUGGUUAAAUACACUUGCCCAGAUGAAACAAUCUGGACGUCAGAUGAAAAACACUUUAAACCAGUUUCCAGGACAUAAUUUAAACAGUCGCUUUCCUGGAGCAUCAGUUGGAUCUGUAACAACUCCUUGUCCUGGUUCCUGCAAUAUGCAUGGGCCAGGUAUGUGUUCUGCCCCUCGUGGUCCUUCUUGGCCUAAUAGUUGCGGAGGGACUAGCUUGGGACCUACAAUGCCUAAUGAAAUGUGUCCACAGCCAUGGUCACCUCAACAGUUUGGACUUAAUGCAUCCUCGUCUUCCAUGAAUCACAGGUUUACAAGUCCAAUGCCUCAUGUCAGGCAAAUGGUGCCAUCAGGCAGCCCUUUAUUAGGCUGCAUGAAUAACAUGAACUCUAAUGUUAGUGGUCCUUCAUUUCCAAAUCCAAAUCUAAAUGCUAUGCAAUUAAAUCAAGGACCUGGAGGACCUACAACUUUGACAGGUGUAAAAGUUCCUGAUGAAAACUUAACCCCGCAGCAACGGAGGCAUCGAGAAGAGCAACUUUCCAUGAUAAGAAAGAUGCAGCAGUUAUUAUUUCCAGAACAACAGCAAAUGGAACAAGGUCAGAGUAAUAUGGGACCAGUCCUUGCUGGAAUGCCCCAACAGCAUGGUCCACAAUCACGCUUUGGGCCUGGUGAUAUGUGUGUUCAUCCUGGUAUGGAUGUAUGUUUCAGUCCUCAUCAACCAUGUAUGAGUGACCAUGAGCAUGCCCAUCCGUCUUCAGAUAUGUAUAUGGGAUCACCAGUGGUAGGAGCAGGAUUUCAUCAGCAGAAUUUUCCUGCUGCGUCUGUAUCUGCUCAGAUUGAAUGGCAAAAAUUACAACAUCAAUUUUACGAAGAGAGGCGCAAAAAGGUUUGCAGCAGUGUUCCAUUGUCUCACCCUGCCAUUGGACCACAGAUUCAACAGACUACAAUUCAACAGCAAGCGCCACCACUGCAACCCCAACAGCAGUCUAUAUCUCAGCCCCAGACACCACAACAGCAAAAUUUGAACAGUCCUAGUCCAAGUUUAGGUUUAAACUCUGGUGCAAGAGUUCAAGGCCCACCACCACCAUAUCACCAAACGACCAGAAGAGCUAUGCCCAGUCCUCAUCCUGCAUCACCUAAUCCUAGUUCUCUUUCAUUACCUUCUCCACGCAUGACGUCAGGACUACCAUCUCCUGCAGAUCCUUCAAGACAGUUUCCACAUCCUACUCCUCCUGGUCCAAGAUUACCGCAUCCUAGCCCAGGGUCAAGCACUCCAGCAGGCAGCAGUAGUUUGCAUACUACUCCUCUUAAUUCUCCAAAGCCUCAUAACACAUCAGGUCCCGGUUCUAAUGGAGGAACAUUAACUAGGACUCCUACUACUCCAUCCAACACUGCAUCUACUCCCGCUGGCACUCCAACUAGUUCCUGUGCCCCUGUGCUACCUAAUUCAGGUCCUGCAACUCCUGCAGGCUCUUGUACUUCAAAUAGAAAACAAAGUCUAUCAUGUGAUAUUCAAGAUUCUAAUUCAGUUGGGUCAGCAACUAACACAAACAAUGAGUUUGUAUCUGGUCCAUGUCCUAUAUCAACAUCAAGUAGUUCGCAAGGUGAAUUAUUUUGCCAUAACAUUCAUUCAUGCAGUCAGUCCACCCAGAAGCCAGAGCAUUGUUCUGGACAUAGUGGGAUGUGUCAGAAAGAACCGAGUCUUAUGCCUGUUCCAUCUCCUCAGCAAAUUCAGUAUUUGAAUGCAUUUGAUGGACAAGAAUUGACUAUACAGAAACAACCUAACACAAGCAUUAGAGAUUUAGAUAUGAUGUCCCCAGCUAGUAUGCCUCCAUCUAUGGUUAUGAGUGCAGGCUCACAUUCUCAGUUCCAGAGUCCAGAUGCUGCAUCCUUUCCCAAUACACCUGGAAGCUGUCCAUCAGCACUGGAAAACAGCCAAGACAGUUUAACUAGUCGUUAUCCUGUAUCAGCACCUGCCAGUAUGGAGGGAAACAUGCAGCGAUUUACAGCUCCAAGUCCUCAGAUGCCUGGUUUUGAAUCAGGUCCAAGGCAUAUGAUGCCUGUCUCACAAAUGGGAGAUAACUCAGUGUCUAGAUUUCCUGUAGCACAAAAUUUGGAAAUGAUGAGAAUGCCUGGUCCAGGAUCUAUGGGUCACAAUUCAUUGGAUGACAGUGUUGGUAGGUUUCCUGGUCCUGGAUCUCAAGGUCCUGUUUUUGGACUUGGUUCUAAUAAUAUGAAUGCUGUAUCUCGUUUCCCUGGUAAUACCUCUGAAGGAAUUCAAAGGUUUCGUGGGCCAAGUCCUCAUCCUAAUAUGGACAUUGUGCAUUCACGUUUCAUGGGAACAAGCCCUCAUAUGUCAUGUGUAGAUAAUAUUUCACAGUCUUCUCAAUUUAACAACAUGGGCUCUGAAGCAAUACCACCUAUACCUUCUCAGUCCUUUCCAAAUUCUGCUCAAACAAUGACUUCUAGGAGUAGUCCUUGUGUUAAUAAUAAUUUUUUAGUUGAUGGACCUAUAUCUCAUUCUCUUCAAAAUUUACAAAAAAUGACGCCUCCUUUUGAAAGCAUGUCAGGGAACAAAGUAUCACCUGAUGUUAUGUCACCAAUGGGACAGUGUUCUAACUCUUCUGUUAAUGGUUCUAAUAAUUUAAGUAUACCUCCUUAUGGUGGAACUAGUCCAUUAACAUCAUCUGCCCAAGCAGGUUCUUCCCAGCGACUUUCUCAUUUUGACCCCAUAGCUUCAAUGGCAGCUAUGAGUGAAUCUACUGUACCUCUUAUAACAGCUGGUGGAACAACUCAAACGCAUCAAAAUAUGGUUACCUCAAAUAUGAAUGUUACAAAUAUGCAAGUGACAGGCAAUUCUGCUAAUAAUAAUCAGCCUGGUAUUGUUAAUUUUCAUACAAAUAUGCAGUCAAUGCAGAGUGCGAUGCAAAGUAGUGUGGCAUGUUCAAUGCCAAAUCAGCAUAAUCAGUAUAGUAUGCACAAUCAAAUGGCCCACAAUGCAGGUUGUGGGCCUCAAACUGUAAAUAAUACACAUGUUAAUGCCACAAUGUCAAUUCAACAGCUAAAUAUACAAAAUGUUAUAACUACUGCUCCUUACAAUACAAAUACUCAAGGAUCUAAUAUGAACAAUCAUCCAAUGCAUGCAGGUUGUCUUGGAAAUGGAGCAAAUACGAUAAGUUGUUCUGUUACAACAAACCAUCCUAUCAUGCAUACAGCUGUAACAUCAAGAACUUCAAAUUCAAAUAUGAUGAUGCCUGGGCCUAGGCAUGGGCUGCAGAGUUUUCCUGGCCAGCCUCUUGUGCAGAGGAAUGUUGCUCCAACUGGUGCUGGCAGUCCCACAAUGAUGGCAAGGGGAGCACCAUUUAAUAGCACAAAUAUUCAAGUUAAAGCAAGUGCUCCAAACACAAUCCAGUAUCUACCUGCAAGGCAACAAAAUGCUAAUCCUGUUCACAAUCGUCCUCCGACGCUGGAGUUUCUCCAAAGAUUUGCUGCUCCUUUAACUAAUCUUGAUAAUAAAGUUCCAACGCACAAUCUACAAUACUUCCCUAAUAGUGGAAACUCCAAUCCACCUACAGUUCAUAGUGGGAUUGGUAUAAAUCCUGCUUCAGGAACUGUAGCACCUGGUAUGAUGAACAGUCAGAGGCCUGUAAAUAUGAUGAUGGGACCUAUGAUGAGGGGAGCUAGUCCUAAUGUUUCUCAUCCUAGUAGUCAGAUGUUUCCAGUUGGAUCUGGUCUUCCAGGUGCUGAAUCGCCUAUGUUUGGUCGUCCUCCUUGCCCGUCCGUAAGUAGUCAAAUGAUUCCAAUGAAUGCAAUGAGUGGUGGUCAAAAUGUUGCCAUGUUUUCAAAUAAGCAGAUGCCGCUGCCAAUGGGUGGAAUAGCUCCAGAUGCUACUCAACCAUUGCCUCCCUCAAUGGGUCAGUCAUUUAAUUAUAAACAGUCACCAUUUUAUGGACCUACUACUGCUGAUCCAAAUUAUGCUGUUCAGUUUCAUAACUUCCAGCAGCAGCUUUAUGCAACAAAUACAAGAGGCAGUCAAAUGAAUUCCCAAAACAGUAUGGGUGGUCAGGGGUUCUUUGGCCCAAAGUGAUUUGUUGAACUAUGUAAUUUGUUGAUGGUGCCAUUUUCAGCCAUUAUUGAACUGCAUGAUGUUAAUGAGGUGCUUGUGUUGAGCACAGCAUCUCAAUUUACGUUCCUGCCAAAUGUGGCUUAGCUCUUGUAUUGUUAAGGACAAAUAAUAGUCACUCAUUUCUUAAUAUUGUAUAUAUUCUCAUAACAUUCAUUCUGUAGGAUAAAUCUUGUACAGGCUUUUAUUGUUUGUAUAUAAAUAAAUACCCUGCCAAGUAUGUACAUGCUCACAAGUUGUUGUUAUUCUAAAAAGAAAUCCUGUUGGCUCAGUGUGCAGUGUCAACCUGCUCAAUGUGUUAUAAGUGAAGCAUUAUAAGCUUCAGUGGACAAUUACAAAGCUGCACACAUGAUAUUAAUAGAAACAGAAAAAAUGUCUGAUAGCUGUAUUAAAACAAGAGCUGUUUUUUUUUUUUUUUUUAUGUAUAUAAUACAUAAAGAGAAGAAAAACAGCUCUUGGCUUUUUCAGUUAGGUGGAAUCAAGAAUUGUGGUGCCAUCAAUUAUGAGUACCUGGCUAAUGUUAUGCCAGAACUGCAAUUUCAUGUGUAAUUUUGUUUCUGACAAUCCUCAAAGACCAAGUUACUUACUAUGUUUGUGCCAUUGUGACUAUCAGUCGCACUUUAUACAUUUUUACUGUGUACAUAUUACCUCUCUUAAUUAUGUUCUGUGAUGAGAUUGUGUUGCAUCCACUUCUUGACUUGUCUUAUGCUGCUGUUGUAUUUUCUUUGGGAGUUGGACUGUUAAAACAUCAGUCAGUAGUCUGAAUAUUUUUGCUUAGAUUGAUUUACUACCUCAUGGCAAGAUAGCUAAAUUUUUUACAGUUAACAUCAACUCAUUCCAACUUCAUUAAAGUUUAUCAGUUUUGGUUUAAUCAGUAUUUAACAAUAUUUAUUAUUUAUUUCAUAUUCAUUAUAUUCAAUCAAAUAGCAAGCAUAUUUAUAUUGUUUGUAAUUUUUAUUUUUUAUGUUUUUAGUUGCUGGAAUUGUUUUUAAUACUUAAAAAUAUGUUCAGUCUGAAGAGAAAAGUGUAAAUGUGUUUAGUUCAAAUAGGCAUAUUCCUGGUGUGAGUUGAUGUUUUUUUACUACAGUUAAGCAAUCUGGAAUUUUUUUUUUUUUUUUAAUUUCUGUUUUGUGCAAGUUCUAUUUCAUAUAAAAGACUCCAUAACUGAAAAUUAUCAGCUUAUUCAAUUAUUCAAGCUGUAAUUCAGAUAAGAAUUACAGACUUUUCAGUCAUAAAAUUGUUUUGAAAAACAUGAUUUUUUUAAUGUGUGAUUAAAUAUAUGUGUGUCAGAAAAUUCUAGUUGUUAUUUUCUUUCAUAUAUAUAUAUAUAUAUAUAUAUUGUAAAAGUACAUGGUAAAUUGGCUCUCAAAUUAUAUUCAACAGCUAAAACAGGUAGAGAAACAUAUCAUUGUGUACCCAUGACUAUUUAUUAAUAAAAAUGCAUUUUUGAGCAUGUAUAUAUGAAACCUUGAGUUUUGUUAUUUUGUUGUCCUUUUCUCCCCCCUUUUCUUCAUUAUCAUUUUAUGUAGCAUCUUGUAUGUUGAUUAUUAUAGAUCUGUGAUACUUGAUGUUACAUUAAAUGGAAACAUUAAUGCAGUGUGUAGGAGCAUAGGUUUAAUGAAUUUGUUAAUAUCUUCAACCUUAGUGUAUUACAGACUGAAGCAUAUUUUAAACUGUGUGUGUGUGUGUGUGUGUGUGUGCAUGUGCAUGCAUGUAAGUCUGUACGUAUAAAAUAAGUUUUAUUGGCUACCAUAUUAAAUUAUUAAACAUUUGCAGAAUGUUCUUGUUUUCAAAUUUUUAUUCAUGUACUUAAAAUAUUUUUAUGUUGUCAUAGUCAUUUGUUUUUGAAGUGAGUCUUGUGGUACUGAAAUUCUUCAUCAAGACAGGCAAUUAUAACUAUUUCUCAAAUCAUGUAAAGCCGUAUUUGAUUCAUUGAGCAACUGUUAUUUACGUAAUUUUUACUUUGUUAAUGGUAAUUAGAGAAAAUUCUCAUAAGAUGUGCCUUAUCAGAAGUCUUACAUAAAUGGAUCAAUUAAAUGAUCUUCAAUCCUCGUAAGAAUAGUUUUUGUUUCAUAAAUGCACACCAAAAUUAUAUAUAUUUCUGUUAGUGUUUACUAUUCUGCAAUAGAUGAAUUUGCUGUGUGAUGCAUAUUACUUUUUAGUUAAGUCAUAAUUUGUAGGUGAAAUACUUAUGAUUUCAAGCACAUUUGAUUCUGUUAAAGUAAGAUGUUUAAACUGUAAAUGUGGAAUGUUUGUCCUCUUUUUUCCCAAAAAUAAAAUUUGCAAGUAUUGAUACAUAGUAUUCUUUUAAUGUAAUUUUUUUACAAAUGUGCUUUAUUCUUUGAAUAACAAAAUUAUGAUUUCAAUUUAUUUAUUGUCCAUCUAUGGAAGUCUUUGUAAAACCUGAUGUCUUCCCAUAUUACUGUGUGGUUGCAGAUUCAUAAUUAUUAAUUGAUGACGUAAUUUAUUGACAUAAAUUAUUCCUUUAUGAAAUGACAUUAAAUAGCUAGUCUUUUAAACUCUGAGGGCAUUAUUUGUUUUCAAUUCAUAGCCAAAAAUGGUCUUGGGAGACUGCAUAAAAUUCAUUUACGUUAUAACAAACACCAUUUUUAGUCCAUGAAAUAUAAUUAUUGGUAUUUUAUUGAGUGAUGGAAUGUUAACAUCUUGUUACAUUGGUCCUAUUACUUACAAAUAGAGAAAAAGGCUUGAAAGUACAAAAGUAAUUUAUUGGGUAAAAUAAAUCAUUUGAUUUUUCAUGUUUUUUAUCAGUAAGGGUUUAGAUCUUGCUAUGUACAAUCUUUGAAUGUUGUGACAUAAUUUUAAAAUGUUCAUUAUUGAAUAAAAAUUUUAAAAAGUUCCUAGGCCUGAAAAUUUCAGAAAGGAUAAAAAAAAAAAAAAGAUUGCCAGCUGCAUAUGUUAACAUCAUACUGUUUCAGAAGUAUAUUUUUGAUAAAUUUUAUAUCUUGCUUAAUCUUUUUUGUUUCUUUGUUUUCCCCUUUUUUCCCAAUUCAAGCGGAGUGUAGCUGUCUUGCCUUUGUUGCUGCUGACAAGUCUGCUAUAUUGUUUUAACUGUGCUUAAUUGCAUACAUCUUUGUAUGCAUUGCCAUGUAUACUAACAAUGUUUUGGGAAUGGGGAGAAAUAAACUCCUUUUAUUGAAAAAAA